UAUUAACUUAAUGUUAGUUUUAGCACGGUAAAUAAAUUGCCUGCUCUAUUAUACACCUAGAGGCGAUAUUAAACUGCAUGAAAGCAUUGACCUGCUGAAAAACCAACUAAAAAAGACAGGAAAAAAGAGAUGCUAAAAGUAGGACGAUACGGUAACCUCCCCCACGAGCCAGUUAAAGUGACAGAUUCCGGACCCGGAGAAAGAGGCGCGGAAAGAUGGCGGAUAAAGAAAAGAAGAAAAAGGAAAGUAUCCUUGACCUUUCAAAAUACAUUGACAAGACAAUUCGAGUGAAAUUCCAGGGUGGUAGAGAAGCCAGUGGAGUUUUAAAAGGAUUUGAUCCUUUACUGAAUCUUGUAUUGGAUGGAACCAUAGAAUACAUGAGAGAUCCAGAUGAUCAAUACAAACUAACGGAAGACACACGGCAACUUGGACUUGUUGUUUGUAGAGGGACAUCUGUGGUUCUGAUCUGUCCACAGGAUGGCAUGGAGGCCAUUCCAAACCCUUUCAUUCAGCAACAAGAGGGUUAGCUUUCUUACAGGAUCUAUUUAACCAAGAGAUUCCAUUGGGAUGCACCAUACUUCAAGUUGAAGAUCUUUCUUUUUCAGUAAUUUUUUUUUUUUUUUUUAUAGAAUAUUAAAAUUUAUUUUCUUUUGUGAUGGCAGAUGAAUGCCAUUCUAAGCAAGUCGGGACUUGCUCUAAAUACAUUGCUUUUGUUCACAUGUUGUCAUUUUUUAUUAUGAGGAAUUAUGUCUUUUGUCUUUUUGGCUAAUGCCUCUUUUUGAGUGUUUAAGUAUGACACCUAUAAUCUAUUGAAAUAAACACUUACAAAUAAGACCCAUCAA